AUGGACAGAUUGCCGCCUGAGGUUCUUCGAUUAAUUAUUAACUGCCUCCCUCCUAAAGACCUGGCAAGUCUACAGCUGGUAUCACGAAGUCUGUUUUCCAUUGCGCGUGAUAACAGUGUAUGGCGUGAGAGAUGCUAUCGGGUUCAGAAAGAGCGUUAUGGGCAAAUCCAGAAGAGACUCGCUCAUAUAGCGGCCGGUAUGCAGCUGGGUAGCUGGCGUGAUCCGCUAUUUGAAGAUACCUCAACCGGUACUGUGAUGCGCUGGGACCCGUCAGAUCCAGAGGAAGAAAUUGACUGGUACGCUGAGUAUAUUGCUCGUUAUGGUCCUUCGGGUGUCGUUUGGUUUCAGAGUCCGGCUGUCGAGGACCUGGUUGGUCGUGACCGUCCGCUAGAUGUCAACGGAGUUGGCAUCCUGAAGGACAGAAGCUACGGCUCAGGGGAUCAGGUCAUUGGCUUUCUUGAGAACGGUUCUGUGAGCAUUUGGGAUGCUAGCCAGAGGAACGGGAAGUUUGCUCGGUCAAGCCGUCCUUUACCUCUCGCCCCUGCUCCCUUGCCGCGGGAAAAACCGAAGCAUAGGAGACAUGAAGGUAUUAUAGAGCGAAUCAGUGUUGAUUCAAUCUCCCAAAGAGCUUAUAUUGCUGAUAACAACGCCUUGAACGAAGUGGACCUGUCUACUCUACAGCUUAUCUCACAGAGCACGUUCACAGAGAGCAUAUACGCUCUAUCUCAAGAGGCGCCGGAUUAUUAUGCUCCUAUUACGGUUGCUACCAGGAACAGCCUCCGUGUCUAUGAUCCGAGGCUUCAGUCGACAUAUCAAGAGAGAGAUACGUUUAUUUCCCUGGAGCCUCGCUCUUCAUCAAACCUAACUCCAGGAUACCCCGUAACAGUGAAUUAUACUGAGUUACUUGACCCUGGCCCUAAUUUCGUCCUUCACCCUCCGUCCCCUAGCACGGACUCCAUAGUCGUGGCUGGGCGGUUCCCAAGCAUCCUUCUCUACGACCGCCGGAACCUGGGCCGUCUACAAGCAAGUGUACAUUCUGGCGCGCGACUCUGCGGGCUAGCAGCCUUGUCGUCUAUUCCCAAAUGCUAUCGUUCGCCAGACUCCAGCACCAGCCUCCAGUCUAUAGUCGCAUGCGGAGAGCAUAAGGGUAUGGGUUCCCUGGAGCUAUACUCCCUUUUGCCUUCUCCAGAUGCAGAUGGCACCUCCGCUCCGGCGCUUAGGAGUCUCUAUAAGAACAGACUGAUCAAUUCUCACUCCAAACUUCUUUCCGUGGCCACUCAUGGAUCUCGGGUUGUGUUUUCGGAUUCAGAGGGCAAAAUCAAAUGGAUGGAGAGAGACGGCAAGACAGUUAUCAGGACAGUGAGCCUGCACGCUAAGCCUGGGGGCGCUGGAUCAAAUGAGCAAGAGAGUAUCAACACCCCAAUGGAGCAGGGCUGGGGUUAUGAUGCAAACUGCCAUGUAGCUCGCAAGAUCAUUCCUGCCAGCGGUAGUAGCCUGGACCAAGACGGGCUGGUCAUCUGGACUGGAUCUCAGGUUGGGCGGCUGCACUUCUCUCAUGCCAAUGAAGAAGAUGUAGCUGAAGAGGCCUCUGAACAGGACGCAGACAUGUCAAGACACGAGAGGGAGGCCUGGCGGACGUUCAGACAGAGCAUGUUUAUGGGCUGGAUAUGA